CUUCAUGACCUCAACAGCUCAGCCUGCCACACUGUCCAUCCAAUCCUGAUAGCCUCAAUCCGCGCAUUCGCUCGAAAACCACAUUCGCUACGCCCUCAUACAAUUGUUGCAAGCUAUUAGACGGAGCUUGUUUAGCUUCGCCACGCAUUCAUCGCCCGCGCGUCGGGUUUCAUCCUGUUCUGUCGCAGCUGAACCUAAUCGACUGUCAGUUACCUGCCGAUUUCGCUUUCCUAUAAGUCUGUCGAUAACAUAUCACGGCAAACGAACCGAACUCGGCAAAGAGGUCGACGUUCGCGAUCAAUCAAAAGGACCAUCAGCGCCGCUCGUCAACUGUCCGAGACAACAGUGAUUGUUUGUAUGACGGAUCUUAAACACAACAAUGGCGCACCACACGAACCCCGAACAGGAGCUCGAGCAGCGCAAUCGACUGCCAACUCUAAUGGAGGUGCUUGGACGGCGGACGCUCGCACCUGUUGACCUGUUCUCAUUCUACAUUUACAUGCGCGAUCAACAGCGCUCAGUCGACUAUCUCGACUUCUGGCUCGAUGUCUCUCAGCACAUGUCCCUCUGCCGACACUACGUGCGAGAACUGCGACGUUCGAUGCUCGUCGACACUCCUGAAAUGGAAAAGGCUACAAGCAAAAGGUCCUCAGCACUCCUCGGUGACUUUGACAUUGGCGAAGGGUUAGACACGAGAAAAAGCGGGCAAGAGUCAAGAGUGUCCGCGAUCUUACGUGGGGACAAUGGAGGCCGCAACAAGCCCACCAGCAGAGGAAGAGAAGCCGGCGUCGAGCAUUCUCCUUCGCACAGCCUAGGAUCGUCACAUUCCAGGAAUUUCAGCCGACCCUCAGCCGACAGGCCAUCACCCUCUGAACAAUUGCCUCAGCCGAGCUACUCUACUCCCGAAGUGCGGACAGAUUCAAAUUCUCCCGGCCACAGCGUCGCUAGAGCCGACAUCAAGGCCAGUGCGGAGAAGAUCCUUUACACCUUCGUUCUGCCUGGCUCGGAAAGAGAGAUUGUCCUACCGGACACAAUGCUGAACAAGAUAAUACGUGCCAUUGAGGAAGAGGGCCGUGAUGACCCUGAAGUCUUCGAUGAUGCCAAAGAUUAUGUCUUUCAAGCGAUGGAAAGAGAUGCCUUUCCAGGGUUUCUCCAGGCGAAAGCACUCGGCAACCUCGUUCCAUUGAGCGUGUUGAUCAGGCUGAUCAUCGGUCUUGCAAGUUUGAUGGCGGGCUUCUGGGGUGGGUAUUACAUGAUUCUCAGAAACAUAUCCAGAAGCACGAGAUGUUGGCUCAUUCUGCCAUUCGUCAUUGGAGCAUAUUUCCUGGUCUCAUACCAGUAUAAACUCGAUAUUGCGACGGCAUACGCAGGCUAUUCGGAGUACACAUGGAUGAACUGGUCGCGGGUCAGGGAGCCCUUUGUCAGAAGGUUGCUUCUGACUCGAGCCACCAUGGCUUUCUUCAUGUUCGCGGCUGUAGCGGUCGGGCUGAGCGUACUUUUCAUUUUUGUUCCCGGAACCAACUUCUGAGUAGGCUCUGUGUACAAAUUUGACGAGAUUAUGUGACAAAUGAGACGAGACGGAAUUUUAUGGUUACAAGUCAGAAUUGCGGUACCCUGGGAUCUGGACAGCAGUACGCUGUACAUGUCCAGACAGCGGGCGAGGAUGUCAGUACAACCGCUUGCCAGAGGGAUAUACGUCGGUCAAUAUUGCAAGCGUGGCGUUCGGGUCGAUUGCGGCUUGCUCGGGAUUAGGAGGCCCAAAGUAAUGGUUCAAAAGAUUAGACGGCGUGUCGAAGACACUGAAAAUGAGGCUUGGGGUGGGAGCUUGGAUACAUACGUCCUAUCUUUUCUUCUAUUUUCUUUCCGCCCUUUCCACGAGAUGAGCUGGCCUCUGCAAUGGAC